AUGCGUGUCUCUGAUCGCAUAACUGACAGCUUCCCCAACAGUGUAACGAUCUUACGGAAGAACAUUCUCUUUCAGGCAUCACCACACAGCAGUCUCUUGCCGCUCCUCCCACGCUUAUUUAUCAAGACCUCCCCCCCCCACUUCUUUGCCGUCUCGAGUGCUUCCGCGAUGACGCAGGAAACCUCCCCUCAACGCAACGGCGAGCCGGCUGGCAUUUCGUCUCGCCAACGCGCCAGAAAGAACUGCAGCGGCGAGAACGCCGCGCGCAUUAUCAUGGGCUUGGAUCUGGCGAGCGAUAGCGCUCAGCGGCGCCCGAACCCCGGCCGUCAGCACUGCGCCCCUCCUCGCAACAACUUCAGCUCUCCGAGAGAGUUCUUCUCCGGUCCCCGUCAUCCACCGCGCAUGUUUACGGGCAUUCGUCGCUAUCCCAACAGUAACCGUGACUCGGUAGGGGUGAUGCUGACGGAUGAGUACUUCAUGACGAACGGUGACGAUUCCUCCAUCACGGGUCGCAUCGGGGGUGCGCAGAGGAGAGCGUCUUUGCACAACCUCAUGUAUGCCUCCGGUGAUGCCUACGGCGCCGUGGCCAGUCGAGGCCAGGGUGCGUCCCGCCAGAAGAAGCCUCGCACGCGGGGCGGCUCUGUCAACGGCGCCACCGCGCCGUUUCGCGGCCGCGACGGCCUGGCAAACAACUGCAUCGUCACGGCACCGGAGGCACCCUGGCGCUGCGGCGUAAAGAUCACGCACCCGCAGGGUGCAAUGGAGGCGCCGUACUUCGAGGACAACGAUCCGCGCCCGCCACGCGACGCCCCUCCGACGACCGGCAAGCGUCACGUGCCGCCGCCGCACAAGGACGCGAAGAUGUUCGGUCAGGCUCCUCCGCUGCGGGAGGGCGAGGAUGUGCUCCAGAGCUCGCUGCCGCCGUGCCACAAGGCGUCUAACAAGACGAACGAAUCUGUUGAUGUGCUGAACCUGCACUGCUACACCGCUGAUGAGCUUAACGAGAAGCCACCGUCGUUCAAGCAGCUGGGCCCCCGCAAGUGCAGCGCCCAGGAGCUGCCGCCGAGGAAGCCGCCUGUGAUCAAGCCGAUCAACACCCCCGCGAAGCAGGAGCACGACGUGCUCGGCACUGGCCGCUGGGGCUUGCCGGAGAAGGAGCAACCACGUGGCCUCGCACGUGGCUUGUGCCGCCCGCCGCAUGAUACGGCUAACCUGUUCUACGGUGGUAUGCUGCCGCCGGACGAAAAGGCCGACUCCGCGUGUCUCCAAGAGCCGGUUGGCAGCAAAGGCGGCAGGGUGAGCGCCCGCACAGAUCGGCGUCACCCGAUCCAGGGUGAGCCUCGCAGCGUCAGCAGCCCAAAGAAGCGCGAUGACCCUGUGUUCGACGACAACUACCGUCCGCACAAGCAUAUGUUCAAGAAGAAUGCCGGCAGCCCGAAUAUCCUGCGCUACUACGACCCCACCAUCGACCCGACGCCGGCGGCGUCCCCGAAGCGCCCGAUCCCGCGCUCGAACAUGGAGAGCAAGCUCGACGACUUGAACGCGCCGCAGGUCAUCGGGAAGGGCCGUGGUGAGUUCUACAAAAACUCCCGUUCGAGCAUCGCUUUGAUGUAA